UGCCUUACGUACGGAUCACUUUCAGUUUUUUCGUGGACCGCAUUUUCCUUUACCGUUCACAUUCAUUGUUGCUCUUGUUCUUCCUCCUUCUCAAUCUCACCUAACGUCUUUCCCUUUUCGUCGUUUCUCCGACAAGUUCUUCCUUGAUUGCAUCGAACGCUCUUAUGGAGGAAGUUAACGUGGUGGAAACUAAGGAUGGAACUGUUUCAGUAGCUUCUGCGUUUGCUGGUCACCAGGAAGCUGUGCAGGAUAGAGACCACAAAUUUUUAAGAAAAGCAGUUGAAGAAGCAUACAAAGGGGUAGAUUGUGGAGAUGGUGGCCCUUUUGGUGCUGUUAUAGUUUGUAGUGAUGAAGUAGUUGCUAGUUGUCACAACAUGGUUCUGAGUAACACAGACCCAACUGCUCAUGCAGAGGUGACAGCAAUAAGAGAGGCUUGUAAGAAGCUUAAGCAGAUAGAACUUUCAGAUUGUGAAAUAUAUGCUUCUUGUGAACCUUGCCCCAUGUGCUUUGGUGCAAUUCACCUUUCUCGAAUCAAGAGGUUGGUUUAUGGAGCAAAGGCUGAGGCGGCAAUUGCUAUUGGGUUUGAUGAUUUUAUUGCAGAUGCAUUGCGAGGUACUGGAUUCUAUCAGAAAGCACAGUUAGAGAUUAAAAGAGCUGAUGGUAAUGAGGCCAUCAUUGCUGAAGAAGUUUUUCAGAAAACAAAGGAAAAAUUCCAAAUGUAUUAGACCUGUCAUUUAUUUUUCACACCUGAUGACAAUUGGCUAUUCAGGAUUGGCUUCGUUUAAAUUAUUGAAAUUUGUUGAUAAAUAGAUUGAGCUCAUUUGAGUGUAACAAAGUUAUAUGCUACAAUUCA